CACGAGAGCAUUUUGGACAAGCAAAUGAAGCGAAAGAUGUCGCGGACUCCUCUCAUCGUCUUGCUGCUGGUCUGCGCGGCGGCGGCGGCGGCCCUGCCGGAGUACAGGGAGGCGCCGCACUUCACCAACUCGGCGGCGGCGCAGUGCCCGACGCCGCUGCCGGCGACGGACGCGGACGCGGCGUGCUCGCCGCACGCGGCGGUGCACGUGGCCAUGACGCUGGACGCGUCCUACCUGAGGGGGACCAUGGCCGCGGUGCUCUCCGUGCUGCGCCACGCCUCCUGCCCGGAGUCCGUCCACUUCCACUUCCUCGCCGCGGCCGGCGGCGCGUCGGGCUCCGGCUCCUCCUCGGACGCGGUGCGGGAGCUGAGGGACACCGUCCGCGCGUCGUUCCCGUCGCUGGCGUUCCGGGUGUACCCGUUCGACGAGUCCCGCGUCUCCGGGCUCAUCUCCACCUCCAUCCGCGGCGCGCUCGACCGCCCGCUCAACUACGCCCGCUCCUACCUCGCCUCCACGCUCCCCUCAUGCGUCCGCCGCGUCGUCUACCUCGACUCCGACGUCGUCCUCACCGACGACAUCGCCGCGCUCGCCGCGACGCCGCUCCCGGGGGAGACGGCCGUCGCGGCGCCCGAGUACUGCGGCGCCAACUUCACCGCCUACUUCACGCCGGGAUUCUGGGGUAGCCCCGCGCUGUCGGAGACGUUCGCCGGGCGGCGCGCCUGCUACUUCAACACGGGGGUGAUGGUGCUCGACCUGUCGCGGUGGCGGCGCGCCGGCUACACGGCGCAGAUCGAGGAGUGGAUGGAGCUCCAGAAGCGGGUGCGCAUCUACGAGCUGGGCUCGCUCCCGCCGUUCCUCCUCGUGUUCGCCGGCCGCAUCGCCGCGGUCGACCACCGCUGGAACCAGCACGGCCUCGGCGGCGACAACUACCGCGGCCUCUGCCGCGGCCUGCACGCCGGCGCCGUCAGCCUGCUGCACUGGAGCGGCAAGGGGAAGCCGUGGGACAGGCUCGAUGCCGGGAGGCCGUGCCCGCUCGACGCCGUCUGGUCCAAGUACGACCUGCUCCGGCCGGCCGCCGGGAUCGAGAGCUCGUGAUCAACUGAGCGUUCGCCUCUUUUUUUUCUUGGUCGGAUUAGAAGCCAUGUGUUCGUUCUUUAGUUUGCUUUUAGAUGUUCAUAUGUCAUCAGAAUGUUUAUACCAAGUGUACAUAUUUGGUUUAGAGGAAUAAACAGAGACGAUGAGAACUUUUUUUGAUC